AUGGGUGAUUAUGUUAUUCAUCGUAAUCAGUUAUACCGUCCACAAUUAACGUCCAUUCUACAUUCAUGUUAUGAAUCUCAAAGUCAACGUUUAGCUGUAUUACGCAAUGAUUUUUCAAUAGAAAUAUGGAAUGUACAUGAUUAUUUUACAUUAGAACGGACUAUUCCAGCAAAGAAUUCAAGUUCAAUUGAAGUACUAUCAUGGUUUAAUUCAUAUUUAUUAUCAGCUGGUCUCGAUGGACAAUUAAUUUUAUACGAUCACUUAACAUAUCGUCAAUUAAAAGUAACAAAUACCAUAGGUGGUUCAAUCUGGUGUAUAAAUAAACAGCGUAAAAAGGAGAAACACGACCGGAUAGCUAUUGGUACAGAGUUAGGUUAUGUAUCUAUUUAUGAAAUUAGCGGUCUUGAUGAUAAGAAUGAGUUAGACAUCAAAUUGGUUAAAACUGUUUGUAAGCAAGAACAACGUAUAUUAUCAUUAGCAUGGCAUUCAACUGACGAUGAUUUCUUGGUUGCUGGCAGUCUAAAUAUGAUUUAUAUCUGUAGUAUUAAGCAGGGUCGGUGUAUCCAACAAAUUAAUGUGGGAAAAAUUACGACAUCCGUUCGUCGACAACAAAAUAAAAAUGUUUCGUAUAAACAACAUCAACAAGACACAAUUAUCUGGUGUCUACAAAUAGCUGAAGAUUACACUGUGUUUAGUGGCGAUUCAUCGGGACGAACAUGUGUAUGGGAUGCAGUUUAUGGAACUUUGAUACGAUCGUUUCAAACUCAUCGUAUUGAACCUGUUAUUGCUCGUAUUGAACUAGUUAACAAAUCCACAAUGAUGACUACUCCAGAGACGAAUGGAACUCUGCAACAUGUCAACCGUUUAAACAAACAAUGGAUAAAAACAAUGUCUUUAAAUUGCCAUUCGCAUGAUGUCCGUUCAUUGACACUAAUCCAACAUCAAGCACAAACGGAAAAAUAUUUUCUUGUGUCUGGUGGUCUUGAUUGUCGUUUAUUAGUUCAUGAAAUAAAACAGGAUAAUUCGAAACCUCCUCAGUUAGUAAAAAAAUGCUAUAAUUUUGUACAACAACAGUUGAUUCAUCGUGAUGGAAAUUUAUUUUUAUUCCAAUAUUCAGAUUAUGUUGAAUUAUGGACAAUGGGCAAUACAGUAACAAAGAUAGACAGCAAACAAGAACAACAACAUAAGAGUGGUGACUGUCUCCCAUUAACACAGUUACCACAGCAUCUGGUACAAAUAAAAACAAAACAUUCAGGAAAACUAUACUCGUCAAAUCUAGCACAAAUUGAACAUCAAUCGAUUGUGGCUCUUUCUGAUACAGCAGGUUUACAUUUAUAUUUAGUAAAAGGUGUUGAUGCUGCUUUACACCAAGUAAAAGUGUCAAGUAUCAAGACAUAUAUAAUUCCACCAAAAUCUUCUCAAUCGUCUGUUUCUAAAUUAUUAUCAUCAAUUCAAAAUGUUAUUCAAAUUCAGUUUUCACAUCAAGAUCAGCAACAGUUGCUUUUGUUUGUAUUAACCGAUCUAAAUGAACUCUAUUGUUUAAGUAUUUCGUCAUCAUUUACACAACUUUCUCUAGAAUGUAUUAUUAAUUGCACAAAUAAUAGUGAUAAAUUAUCAAGUGUGUUGAAAUUUGAAGUAUCACCCACAUCUGAGUAUAUCUCAACAUCUGAUAAUCAUGGCUCAGUUCUUAUAUGGUCACGUUCAUCUGGUGAAUGUUUACAGCGUUUACCACUUCAACUGAAUCAAUGUACAGCAAUGAAAUUUCACCCUACAGAACCGUAUUUGAUAUGUGCAUAUUCAAAUCAACAUUUAUUCGAAUAUAAUUUUGCACCACAAAACGGUGAAUAUACAAAUUGGACGCGCAAAAGUUUGACCAGAAUUCCAGUUCAAUGGUAUUAUGAUAAGAAUAUUAUAACAAACUUAUUUUAUUCGAACGAUGAUAAAAAAUUACAUGUUAUUGAUCAAAAUUAUUUGACAGUAUUUGAUAAACAAAAAAAAAUGCCAUCAUUGUAUACGAAAAUAUUUAGUAAACAACAUUCACAAUCCUCGAUACAUAUUUGUAAGCAAUUCAAAUAUAUUCUCUAUGUAAAUAUGAUUGAUAGCUCGAAAAAUGAUGAUGUGAAACAACUAUUUAUCGUGGAAAUGACUCCGGCAAUGAUUGAACAAUGUUUACCACCAGCAUUAAAACGAAAAAAAUUCGGUUCUUAG